AUGAGGCGUCGCUGCCUUUGGAUUAUCCAGGCAAUUGUCCUGCUGGGCCUUCUCUCUGCAUUUUACUAUACACAUAUACAGUCCCAGGCGCUUUCACAGCAAGAUUCUGUCCCGACUGACCCUCUCGAGGUUGCCAUUCCGCAGACAGUCCACCAACUCUUCAUCUCGACACCGGGAACCCGCGGAUCCAGCUUCAAUCCGGAUAGACACAGCACCUCGUGGCUCCAAUCAGGAUGGAAGGUCGAGUACUGGAGGGAGUCGUCGUGUCUCGAACUUGCACACGAGCUCGAUGAUACUGGGUCAUACGCCGCCACAUUUCAGGCCCUACCCGUCCCGAUUCUGAAAUCUGACUUUUGUCGCUACCUGAUUUUAUUCGGGCGGGGUGGGAUCUACAAUGACCUCGAUGUCCACCUCCUCCAGCCGCUGCCGUGGCCAGUAAUGGGCCCAGUCAAGGAUGGGGAUGAAGAACCCCCGGCUGUUAUUGUCGGUCUGGAAGGCGAUGCCGCCACAACUGGCCUGCCCCGAUCUCCGCAAUUUGUUCAGUGGACCAUGGCAUCUGUUCCCGGUCACCCCAUCUUUCGGGACGUGCUGCAGUCCAUUGUAGACCGCACAGGUCACUAUGCCUCGACUCAGACUGCAGAAGCUGAGGCGGACAUUGACGUGAUGAGCUGGACUGGUCCCAGUGUGUGGACAGAUGCGGUACUGGGCUAUCUACACUCCGAUGAUGAGCAGAUUCAACAACUCCGCGAUCUUCACGAGAUCGUGCGCAUGCAUGACGUGGUCAUCCUUCCGCGACGAUCUUUUGCGGUGCUCCAGGGUGAAGACCAGUCUGCACCAGACGUUCUGGUCAAGCAUUAUUUCUCGGGAAGUUGGAAGGCGUGUGCUCGAGAAUGGCUCCGCUGGCUAUGGCCGGGAGGUUGUUGA